GGAAACUACCGCUGCUGACGUCGUACUUGUCUGUUAUUAUCUGCCGGGCUUUCGUUAGCUUCAGUGGCUAACGUCAUCUCGACGUGACACUUCCGGUGUGCAGCUGUCCGUGGUGCUGGCCUUUAUACUGAUGAUGAGUGGACGCUGUGACCAGCAGAGGGCGCUGACCUGCACAGUCAAACCUGCACUUUACCUGAACAUGGGAGAAAGACCGUGUGAUGCAGCUCAGUCUGGAGUGUGCGUGGUCGACGUCACGCUUCCGUUUGGAAAAACCGCAGAUAUCGAGGAAAUCACGUUUCAGAAUGACUACACCGCCUCUGUGACUGUGCGUCUGCUGAGGAGGAGGCCCGGGCAUGAGGCCCCCGCUCAGUGGUGCACGGCCCUGAGAGACCUGUCCCUCAUGGACAACCCACACUCAGAGGGGGGGUCACAGGACUACUACUCCAUCCACAGGUCACAGAUGAGGGCGGAGCCAGAUGACGUGGCGUCAGUGCGGCUGAUCCUGAAGCAGCCGUCGUCGGCCUGGUUGAGCUUCAGUCUGAAGAACAUUGAGAUGUUUCCUCACACUGAGCCGGAGCCAGAGAAGGAGGUUUGUGAUUGGCUGUCAGACCUGACGCUGGACGACCACUUGACCCAACCUCAGGACGUCCCUGACCCGCACACCGUGUCCUCCAGUCUCCAGCAGAUGUGGGCUCUGACUGAAGUGAUGCAGAGCGACCAGACCACGGCGUCCGUCGGACGAUUUGACGUGGACGGUUGCUACGACGUCGACCUCAUCUCUCUGACGUAACCAGAACGCUGCGUCGUCAUGACGAUGGCAACCCGCGCCACAAGGGGACAAUAACGUUUUCUUUUACCAUUAAAGUAAAUGAUAACAUCAUAUAUAAAGAAUUGAAACGUUUUUCAUGCUUUAAAUGUAUCCAUCCCAUAAUAAUACUGAUAUCAGACAUCACUCAAAACACAACAAACAUUUCAAUUUCAAAUAAUAAUAAUAAUAAUCGUGAUAAAGAUGAGCACGUUUAUAUUUCUGUAUUUAUCAUCGUUAUUGUUUUUUGAAGUUUGCACAACAUGUUUACAAAUAACUUAUUUAAAUAAAUAACAUUUGACUUCA